AUGUACAAGGAGUACAAGACGAUGUAUAUGUAUUCCGGAAAUGGUUGCAAGAUUGGAGAAUGCGACGGGAUUAAGUACACAGCAGCUCCUUGCCCCAAGAAACCCACCAGCGGUAUACGCCACUACCUCGAUUACAAAAUGAUUCCUGCUGGCGACCAGACGAAAGUGGACACAGUCAUGGCAACCAAGACGCAGGCUCCUACCCCAGCCUAG